GGGAGUAGGUUGAGUAGAGACACCACGGAAAAGGACGUACCUACGGCGCAGAGCUCUGUCCUCUGUCUCCUCUGCUCCAGACCCGUUUGAGGAGCUGUCGCCUGGGGUUUUGCACGGCUCGAUGGACCUGACUUGAUCAACUUUGAACUUGUUUCUCGGGACUUUUCAGGACUUUUAAUGAACGAUGUCUAUGCUUCCGACGUUCGGCUUUACGCAGGAGCAAGUUGCGUGCGUCUGCGAAGUGCUCCAACAAGGCGGCAACAUCGAGAGACUGGGUCGUUUUCUGUGGUCUCUCCCCGCCUGCGAGCACCUCCAUAAAAACGAAUCCGUGCUCAAGGCAAAGGCGGUCGUUGCUUUCCACAGAGGCAACUUCCGAGAGCUUUACAAGAUCCUGGAGAGUCACCAGUUCUCCCCGCACAACCAUCCCAAACUGCAGCAGCUCUGGCUCAAGGCGCACUACAUCGAGGCGGAAAAGCUGCGCGGACGGCCGCUCGGAGCCGUGGGCAAAUACCGGGUGAGAAGGAAGUUUCCUCUGCCCCGCUCCAUCUGGGACGGAGAGGAGACGAGCUACUGCUUCAAGGAGAAGAGCCGGAGCGUCCUGAGAGAGUGGUACACGCACAACCCGUACCCGUCCCCCAGAGAAAAGAGGGAGCUGGCUGAGGCCACUGGACUCACUACCACGCAGGUCAGCAACUGGUUCAAGAACCGGAGACAGCGGGACAGGGCGGCGGAGGCCAAGGAGAGAGAAAACAACGAAAACUCCAACGGCAACGGCCACAACGCGCUGUCCUCGUCCAUGAACGGAACUAAAAGUCUUUUAGGAAGUUCAGACGACGAUAAAACACCGUCCGGGACCCCGGACCACCACCACAACACGUCCCCGGGCCCCGCGCUGCUCAUGGGCCCCAACAGCAGCGCUCUACCCUCUCUCCACGGCCUCGCUCCUCCGCCCGGGCCCAGCGCCAUCCCGGUGCCGAGCGCGGACUCAGUGCACCACCACCACCACCACCACGGACUCCACCACGACAUCCUCAACCCCAUGUCCUCCAACCUGGUGGACCUGGGCUCGUAGACUCCGCGGGGACUCACCUAAAGCACUGCGUUUCACCUGAGACUCGGAAUCAUCCAGAGUGAACGACUCUUGGCGAAUCAUUUGAAAAACCAAACGGAGCUCGAGUCUCUGUUUGACGCGCGUGUUUGUGCGUGACUGACUGGACGUGGACACUCGGCUUGUUGUUGGAGCGAGAGAAGAGAAGGUGAGACUUGAUGGGAAAGUGUUUUAUGAGAAUGUUACUCCGUGAUAUUUUGCCUGAUACAAAGGUCUUAAGUUUGGUGACACUGGGGCGUUGGCACGUGACACGCCCCCCGCGCUUUGUCCACACUAUUUUUGUUGUUUACAUGUUUUUAUUUGAAGCAGAGCCAUACCAUAUUUGUGUUGUGUCUGUUUGGACAUGUGACCAUGAUGAUGGGGUUAUUCUCAUGUGUCUUAUAUAUCGAGAUCUUAACCUCCUGACAGGACGAGUGCAUGUAAAGUCUGCGGUAUGAAACCUACUCAUUCAUACACUUAUAGUUUCAUAUACCC